AUCCGCAGUAUUUCAGGGUAUGCAAGGGCUGGAUGGAUCCGGAGGAGCGGCGCGAACUGGGUCAGUGGAUCACGACUCGCUUAGGUCUAGCACGCCAUAUGGUCACGCCCCGCGAUGAACAAGAGUUAGCCAAGGCUAACAAGCUGGAGCAAAUGGUGAAAGCCGAAACCAGGUUAACCGCAUCGUUCACAGCGGAAAUGAACUUGAUAGCUUCCGAUCAACAGGCUAUGGCAGGGUUAGCACACCAGCAGAAUCAUGACACGGGAUCUUCACUUGGUAUCGUGGUGAGUGAGCAGCAUUAUACCUCGAAUGGCAACAUCAAGAAUGGUGCAAAAGGUUUCACAAGUACAACGACAUUUUCGUCGUCGUUUGCAAAAGGGUCUUUUCCAGAAAGCGCCUCAAGCUUUCCAGUGCCUUCUGCAAUAUCAACAAUGCUACCUCCUCCAUCGGGCAAGAAGAAGAAGAACGCUGCUUUGAACGAUGAUGGUACAAAGCAACUGGGAGUUGGGGAUGCUGUGCGCGUUGGAAAAAAUGGCGUGGUAUACACCGAGCCCGAUGGACAACGGUACUUUAUCAGUCAACAGUGGUACGGAUGCCUCAUGCCGGGUUGCAACUUAUGACUUUUUCUAAUCGAUUUCUAGGAGUAGGAACAAGUUGCAUCGUCUGCUACGUUUUGUAUCACUCCUUUGUUUACUACGACUUUUUUCUCCAAAUUUCAAGGACAUUCACAGGCUUCACAUGCAGUUCGCGUAACCUAAAAACUAGUACUAAAACGGACAUCUUCUUCUUUAUGGAAGAUGCGACAAUAUAGUGGAAAUCGCUCUAAUCGCUUCUGUUUCCCACCAGAUUCACCUAGCGUUGCACCAUAUGCUGGGAGACUCGAAGAGCGCAUCAGUCGCUCUGAAAAAGAAUAACCCGGCGAAGGUCAAGACGAAUCCACCUACGGCAAAACAAGUGAGAAAGGCAGCUCGAAAGGCCGCACUUCUAGCCGAGACUUGUCCCGCUGCUACUGGGAUGGAGCAGGACGACCCACAAGGAGACGACCAAGGAGGUAACGCCCCAUCGCAUGUUCGCUUUCAGCGAGUCCCGAUUCCCUUCGUAAAAGAAAAAGCAUGCGCGUGGUUCUCUGAAGCUGUUGUACAGGGUUGGAAUGCAAGCGAUAACCUAGUUAUGAAAAUCAGAAAAUAUGUAAAGAAUCCACAUCCACUUGAGUUAUAUUCUUCCCCUCUGUCGUCUCUCGUUUGCCACCGUUGUUCGUAAAGCUGUCUCUGCUUACAAGAGGCCCUUGCUACGAGAGUAAGUAACUUGAUGUCAAACAAAGUAGGACAGUUACUUAGUUGGUUAACAGCACCUCUAAACUGAUCGUAGUUCCUAGUCCCACUCGCUCGUUGUUUUCGAAUUCUUGGACUAUAGGGUUUUUAGUAGUAGUACUUCUUUGUGUCUAAUUCUUGACGUGAUAUGAUCGGCGCGUCCUGUGGUGCAGCUCGCAGGUCCGGGAAAAUCGGCGCGAACAACCGCGUCCGCUUGCCGAACGAAGACGAAGUGAGAUGUCUUGUUUGGGAUUUUAUUUCUGAAGAGAUUACUAAGCCCGGCUUCACCUGGGCCAAAGAAGUGGCACUUCUGCGACAUGUCCUCUCUUUCCAGCAAGGGAAAAGCGGCAAAUUGCAGGCAAGCAUGAGUAAGGCAAUGAAUCAUGUUGAUGUUUUUCAGGGGUUGUCAAGAUAUUGUUGAAGAUUUUAGGUUUUUCCAAAGAUGAAAUGAUCGUACUGCUACUGUGUCCUCGUGUCUCGUUUAUAACGAUGAAAAAUAACACCAACACGGUCGGUUUCAUCAACAUAUUGCGAUUGCGCUAUUGCCAGUUGUACGCAACUCCCCAUCUAAGAAGCCGAAAAUUCUUGGUGACGUCUGGUUGCGUGGCGAUGUGGAGCCAGAGGAUUUGCAUCAAGUGCGAGAUCAACAAUCAAUUGAUACAAAUGACACAAGAAGCACGUCGACAGUGGGUCUCGGGCUUGGUGCACAUUGCACUGCGGAAGACGUUGCAGUGCCAGCUUGGGUAGCCAAUAUGUACCCUGAGUUGGAGCAACAUCACAGCGAGAAUGAUGAGGAGCUUUUAUCUGAUUUCGGUGGUGACGACGACCUCGACGAUCAUGAUUCUUUUUUCGAUUGCGAUGCGCAAAGUUUAGGAGGAGAUGCGGUGGGGGGAAAUACGAAAGAUCCACCUGGAGCUGCUAGUGCGUCGUCAAGUUCUUUGGUUAUCAACGACGCACCAGCGCAAGGAAGUGAAGGAGCAUCAAAAUCCGUAUCUUUAGAAGAAGCAGCCCGUGAGUGGAGGCAGAAGAACAUGACUUUUCGGGCUCGCCGAUAUCGCAAAGAUCGCCACGGACGUGUCCAUGAUAUCUCGAAGAUGAACGCAAAGGCUAUGAGACGAAAGAAUAUUCCAGUUUAUCCAGAGGACAAGGAGCGGGAUCAAUUCAUUAUGAUGGGCAAUGGAAACUGCUAUUAUGAUUAUGCUUACAUGUUUCAGUUUAAGUUGAUUUGGACGUCGCAGUACGAGUUCAGUUUUAUUGAUUUAUCAGGACAACUCAGCCUCAUAUUCGUUCAGUGUUGUGUAAAUGUUUGUGCGAAUGUUGAAGUUGCUCAACCAUAAAUGCUAGGACAAGGGCACCAGUGCCGUUGUUUCAAUCUCUCUUUGCCACCUUCAUGAGACUGCAAGAAGCGCGUCGGAAAGGGAUGCAGUGUCUGUCGUUGUCGCUGUAUAGGAGAACUGAAACACACGUGAGAGAUCAGUGCUUCGGGCUGCCCCUGAAUGUGGUUCUGAAGUCGGGGAAGACUUGGCUGCGCUAUUGGGAAGAAAAUGUACUCUCGCAAUUUGCACCGGAAUUGCUCUAGCUUCGGUAGAGGAGAACGUCGAGGUUUCCUUCUUGCUGUGCAGAGUUAUCGUACAUCGAUAACCCCAAGCCCUGUCUUAGUUGUGGUCGUGUUGGUCUUCAACUUCACUCAUAUUCAUUCUCGUAUAACUUUUUUGAUUUCUCUGUUAUUGCUAACUUGAGAGACCAGUUUAUUGUUCUUGUCCGUGACUACAAGUACAAGCUGGAGGUAGGUACUGGGAGCUGCAUCCUACAGGUCCUCGGUAAGAUUUGUUGUCCUCGGGUAGUAAGUACUCAAAACUGCAACAACAUGCGUGAAUGUUGAUGCAUGUGUCUUUAGUACCCCUCUGCUGUUUUGACAGAUCAAUCAUCUGGUUUGAUCAUCCUUUAAUGAUUCAUUAUGCGUUGCCUAUUCCUAUUGUACGAAACGAGAGAAUGAGGAAUGCAUGUAAGUACCAUACUUCAAGAGACGAGUCUUGGACAAAAAUUCUAGGGCAAUCAAGGAGAUGAUGUGAAUCUGUGGAGCGAAAAUAUCAUGUGACCUUGGAGGAU